AUGGGCUUCAAGAAAGUACCUGAUAGGGGAUCGGAUGAGGAGUUUCCCAAUGUUCGGGAGGCCUCCUGGUCUAGUGGGGCCAAGAAACGAAAGAGAAGGCGGCCGAGGAUCCACAAACUUCCUGCAGAAUCAUCAUCAACAAACCUCCCUCAAACAACGACUUACUCUUUCCAAAACCAUGAACACAACAUUCUGGAAGAAGAAAUACCUCAUUAUCCGGGAGAUCUAACUGAUCAGCAGGUACUUGAUAACCUGAGACAGCUAGAUGACGACAGAACGGGAGGAAAGUCUCAAAAUGAUUACCUGAGGGAAUGGCUCCCGAAACGAGAGGUGUAUCUUGGAACAAUGAUUGGAGGAGAAGCCCCGGAUCCGGAUCUGAAUGGACAGUGUCAGCAAUGUCAAGGAAUGUCUGGAGUGUGGAGAUGUUGCCAAUGCUUUGGCUCUAGAAUUUUGUGUUCUGAAUGCCUGCGAAGAAACCAUCAAUUUACACCUUUCCACCGCGUUGAGAAGUGGACGGGUCUAUAUUUCCGUCCGGGAGCUCUGUGGGAAGUGGGUGUCAAGUUGUAUUUGGGUCAUAAUGGGAAACGUUGUCCUUAUCCCACGGAUCCGAGCCACCUAGGAUGGGACGGCGGAAACAAUUCAUCCGGGAGUCAUGGGCACGGCGGAAACAAUUCGCCCGUCUUUGAAGAUGAACACGGAUUGGACCUGGAUCCGCUUCCUGCGAGCAAUGACCAAGAAUCCUUUACGGCUCAGCUUCUGGCGGACCCGGAGGUACCCCAUUUGGUUGAGCUGGACGAUGGAGACGAUGAAGACGAUGAUCUAUUCGAGGAAGUCGAUACAACCUAUCUGGACCAACCUCGUCCAAAGGCAGCAGACAACAAUGGAAUUCCUUUCAAGGCAAUUGUGCACACCUCCGGAGUCCAUUAUCUGCCCGUGCGAACAUGCACAUGCCGGUCCGUCCGCCUUCCGUCUAUCGAUUUACAGUAUCUGGAGAUGGGAUUAUUUGCAGCCAGCUUUGAAAACGUUCAAACUGUGUUCACAGUUGAGGUCCUUGAGGACUUUCGGAUGGACAACCUCGAGUGCAAAAUGUCGGCUUAUCAGUAUUACCAAAAGUUGCGAAGACUGACUUCGCCAGCGUUUCCAAAAAAGGUGCUGAACCGCUAUCGUGAAUUGAGAAGGCUUAGUAGAGAAUACAGGGACCUUGUCCUGAGACGACAAUACGGAGAAGGGCAUACAAGAGAAGCGGUGGUCCCUUACUAUCGUCAUUGCCAUGAUUCAUCACCAGAGAGGAUGGGUAUUAAUGUAUCUGAUCCAAUUGACGGCGGAUCUGAUAGUCCGUCUCAAGAAGUCGGAAUGUCAACGGACCCGUCUCUGGGACACGGCGGAUUAGAUGGUCCGCCUGUACCACAAAUGACGCGGACCGAGGAUCAUCCCGAAGUUGAAGAUAGGAGAGGGAAGUUGGCCUUAUUCUGCCCCGCCUGUCCACAGCCUGGAAUAAACCUACCUGAUAACUGGAUUGAUGAUGCUGAUAGGCAAGUUUUAGUUAUUCUUCAAGGUUAUGUUGCAGAUGGUAAUUUCAAAGCAGAUCACCUCAAUCAGAAAAACGAGGGAGACGAUGUUUGGUUGAGCGUUGGAGAAGGAUACAUGACUGCUCCGGGCCCUUACAAGGAGCACAUUAAGGAAGCAAUUUCUCUUGCUCCACGUUAUAAACGGGAACAAACAUGUCAUAACUACCACGCCCAGAAAGCUGAAAACAGAGUCAGCCCGGGUAAGAGAGUACGUGGAAUUGGGGCACACGCUUGCGCUAGGCACGGAUGCUUCUGUCCAUCCAGCGUUGUCGAUUUUGACAAAGGUGAAAAGCAGAUGCACAUGGAUUGGUCUUUGACUCAGGCCAGGGAAACUACCAACACACAGGGAAUCACAAAACAUUUGGAAAUCUACGAUAUAAACUGUCAAUAUUGCGUUAACUUGGCAAGGCGUCUCUCAGAGUCCACAAAAAUGCAUUGGCCACCUUCUGUUAAAAUGAUUUUUGCAAUUGGUUUAUUUCACGUCCACGGGCACAAGACGGAAUGUCUUUACAACUAUGCAUCCACCUAUGUCCCGGGUGUGGGAAUCAUUGACGGAGAAAUCCUGGAGCCGUUGUGGUCCGUGUUAAAUGACACAUCCCGGAGUACACGUUCCGCUACCACUGCCCAUCGAGCAGAGGUUUUGGACGACCACAUGGGGGAUUCCAACUGGAAGAAGACCAUUAAUAUGGCUGCAACAAUUGCUGCAAAGUUCAAACGGGCACGGGAACAGUCCGGAAUCACAGACCAAUUUUAUAGGGGUAUCACGGAUCAACAAGAUUCCGGGCUCAUCAACACUUGGGAAGAUGAAAUUUCAAAAGCAGAAGCGGACCGAGAACAAGGUGUGGCCAACGCUGUUGGCAAGGUAAUGGCAAGCAAAGUGAAAACGGCUGCUGGACGCCAAGAAAUUGAAUUGCAUCUUUCAAAUAUGGAACUUACAUCUAAUGGUGCUACUGGAAAGGCAGCAUGGAUAUCAUCCGGCUUAAAACUGGAGCAAGCGCAAUUGGAGCUCAGGGACCAUGUCAGAAAGCUCGGAAAGCAUCCUUCCACCGCGCAGAAACUUGACUUGGUCAAUAAACGUCGCUCCAUGCGGACCCGCGUUGAAGCCUUCUGUCGAUCCGCUAUGACCUUCAUGGGCGAAGAUGUCUUGGAGGAUAUUCAAGGGGACAUUGCUCCCAUACUUGACUAUGAAGUCAGUGACAACGACGAUCCUGAUCUUGGAAAUGUCAACAUUACCCGCGCGGAUCCGGAACGACAGCCGCUUCCGUUUCCCUCCGCCGUCAAACAAGAUUUCUUUGACGGCCUUGACGCGGGAACAAACCUCAUUUUAAAAGGGCUUCGCAAACUUGAACUUCAAAUAAGACAUGGCCACGCAGAGGACUGUCUGGAAGCGGUCCGGUCAGCCUUGAUCCAGCUUUCUUGGCAGUAUAAAUAUCAGGUUCGGACCGCCGACUCCGUCUAUAUGGGGACUCGUGCUUGGGAUGGCGUCAAGCUUUUGAAUGCUUCCUGGAAAUUGCACCGGCGACUCUACAACACAAACCGUCAGAAGAUGAUCUAUUUAUCUGCUGGCGUGCGAGACGAGGAUAAUAUUCGGAAACAAUAUCCCAUUCUGCAAGUCCAUGAUUGCAAGCAUAGUAAUGCCGUGUCGGAUCCGAACAUUCGCGGAGGAAGCUCGGACCGUCUAAGUUGGAUUUGGAGAUCCCGUCAGGGCCUGGACAAUGAUAAUCAAUUAUACGUUAAUGAGUUCUUCAGGCUAAACUGGCUCCGCGCGCGAGCUCAGAGGAAUAGAUGGCAAGAGGAGCUGGCCUUGACAAAAAAGGAAAUGGAAUGGACUGUCAGAUUUUAUGUGUAUAUGGCAAAGACAUGGCGUGCACGGCAUGAUUUUGUUCCUGACAGGGCAAAUGCUCAAAAGCAGAUUGCCAUGUGGAAUGAUCUGGGGCGGGCCGCGGAUAAGGUCUUCCGUCAAAUUAACCCGGAGUAUCCAUUAACCAGUUCUUUGAACAUUCUUGUUGUAUCUCAUCUUGUUGAAUUCAUGCACUUACCGCGGCUUUUUAAACCUCCUGUCGAGGACGAACAUCAUCUCCUUACCUAUGAUGAGCGACGUGCUCUGGCCAAAGUUCAUGUCCAUAUUUGUGGUGCACGGAUCCGUGCCGGAUACCGUUUGUUCAUUGCAAACGGAGACUCUGUUUCCUCCGCUAUACUGCUGAGAGUACUCGGAUACUGCUAUGUCAAUGGAUUCCAAGUCGAUAUUCCAUUUUUUAUAUCAGAAAUUCUCAAUCAGAGCGUACAUGCCGUUUUGAACCGAACUCCCCACCAUCGAGCUGUUUUAUUUGAAUCUCUAAAUCAAAGCUGGUCAGCAUGGGAAGAUGAUGAAAUUUUAAAUCAGACCAAGAGCUGGGGAUAUUGGUGGAGGGACGGAUUUGCUGAAGGCGAUGAGUGGCAAGUUGCCUUUGUUACCGUUGAAUCGCAAGCAAGAGAAUUUUGGAACAAGGUGGUUCUGCCUGAAUACCAACAAGAGGUACUCCGGCUAAAUAAUCAGAGGAAAGAAGCUAAGGAGGGCGCAAGUUCAUCCACCUCUGGGCCUCCAAGAAAUCAAGAAAACAAUCCCAAGGGCAAGGGAAAGGCGGCUGAACGGACAUCCGUCCCCACCUCGGGGAAGCACGGAUCCGCGUUGACGGGAAAGCACGGCUCCGCGUUUUCACCGCCCACGGGGAAACCCAAUCCGCCGACCCGUGUUGCAAACACGCGGGAUGAAACAUCCCCAAUUGCAAUUUCUGACCACAGACCGCCCUACUGUCCCCGCUGCGGUCAGCCUAUCCUAACGGGCGUAAUGAGGGAGUUGGCUCACCUGCGCCGGAAUGUGGCGGACAAAAUGAAGAAUGCCCAUAAAGCAGUGACUACUUCUUCGGCCGCCUUGGGCAGAUAUUCUGUAUUGGAGAAGAUGUGGAUUGACUCUAAGGAGCUCCCGUUCUCUAACGGCAAGGGGCUUUCAGCCAAAUACAAAUUUCAGCAUCCCGUUCACCCUUCUCCUGACAGUUGGGGCGCUAUAACGGCUCAAGCCCGGUCCUUCAAGGUCUCAAAGCUCAAAGUCGCUUCAUUUUACAUCAACGACAUUUUUUAUUCUUUUAUUGCCGUCAAGGAACUACCUUUUCAUCCACUCUGGUAUCAUUCGCCACCCUCCAACACUGCAAAUAUUCAUCUCCCAACAGAUACUCUGCCUACGCCCGGUUCCGUCAGCCCUCCGUCAAAUGCACACACCAGCAAUGCCUUCCUUUUUAACGCAAGGUCAAGACCUGUUUUCCCGGGAGAAGAGGAUGAUAUUGAUAGUACGUCCGAUACCACUGAAUCCUCUACACCAGCUACGUUUUUAGAGCAUCUCGCACAGGACUUUGAAGAGGAGGCGGAUGAGGAGUCUUCCGCCGGUGAUACGACGGAGGAGUCAGAUGCUUCCGGUAACUCGGAAGAGCUUAGCGAGGACGUGUCGGAAACACCCUGGGAUGAGGAAUCUUAG